AAGCGGGAGAACGCCCCGAAGCCGGCCCAUGGGGAGCGAGUGCCCAGCACCGGCUAGCACGACCGCCGCCCACACCGCGCCCGGCCUGUGAAGCCCAGGACUCCCCUGGGAGAACCCCAUGAGGGCAGGAGAGUGAUGGAGAGUAUGCCCAGCUUCCUGAAGGACACCCCAGCUUGGGAGAAGACAGCCCCUGUGAACGGCAUUGUGGGACAGGAGUCUGGUACCUCACCACAGGAUGGCUUGCGCCAUGGGGCGCUGUGCCUAGGAGAGCCUGCUCCCUUUUGGAGGGGUGUUCUGAGCACCCCAGACUCCUGGCUCCCUCCUGGCUUCCUCCAAGGCCCCAAGGACACACUCUCACUGCUGGAGGGUGAGGGUCCUCGGAAUGGGGAGAGGAAGGGCAGCUGGCUGGGCAGCAAGGAAGGACUGCGCUGGAAGGAAGCGAUGCUGGCCCGUCCACUGGCCUUCUGUGGGCCAGGAUGCCCACCUCGCUAUGGCCCCCUCAUACCUGAGCAUGGCGGUGGCCAUCCCAAGAGUGACCCUGUGGCCUUUCGGCCCUUGCACUGCCCUUUCCUGCUGGAGACCAAGAUUCUAGAGAGAGCUCCCUUCUGGGUUCCUACCUGCUUGCCUCCCUACCUGAUGUCCAGCCUGCCCUCAGAGCAUCCGUAUGACUGGCCUCUGACCCCAAGCCCGUGGGUCUACUCUGGGAGCCAACCAAAAGUGCCCGCUGCCUUUGGCUUAGGCAGCAAGGGCUUUUACCACAAGGAUCCGAACAUCCUCCGGCCAGCAAAGGAGCCCUUGGCAGAGUCUGGGAUGUUGGGUUUAGCCCCUGGUGGGCAUCUCCAGCAAGCCUGUGAAGCAGAAGGCCCCUCAUUUCACCAGAGGGAUGGGGAGACAGGAGCUGGCAGGCAGCAAAAUCUUUGCCCAGUUUUCUUGGGGUACCCAGACACCGUUCCUCGAACCCCAUGGCCUUCUUGUCCCCCAGGCCUGGUUCACACUCUUGGCAACAUUUGGGCUGGUCCAGGAAGUAAUAGCCUUGGGUACCAGCUAGGACCACCAGUCACACCAAGGUGCCCAUCUCCUGGGCCUCCUACCCCUUCAGGGGGCUGUUGCUCAUCCCAUCUGCCUGCCAGAGAAGGGGAUCUUGGCCCUUGUAGCAAAUGCCAGGAUAGUCCAGAGGGAGGUAGCAGUGGGCCGGGGGAACCCAGUGAAGAAAGGAACAAAACUGAUUCCAAGGCCUGUCCCCCAAGCCAUCACACCAAGCUGAAAAAGACAUGGCUCACACGCCACUCGGAACAGUUUGAAUGCCCAGGUGGCUGUCCAGGGAAGGAAGAGAGCCCAGCCACUGGGCUCCGGGCACUCAAGAGAGCAGGCAGUCCAGAGGUCCAGGGAGCAGCCGGGAGCCCAGCUCCCAAACGCCCAUCCCACCCUUUCCCGGGCACUGGGAGGCAGGGGGCCAGGGCUUGGCAGGAGAUACCAGAGACAUCCAUAAGAAGAAGCAAGGCGGGCGCAGAGCAAGAGGAACAGAGAGGACCCCGAGAUGGCAGGAUUGGGCUCCAGGAAUCCAGGCUUGAGGAUACAGCCUGCCAGCAUCACUUAACAGGUGUCACUCAGUGCGAAAGCUGUGUCCAGGCAGCUAGAGAGGUAGGGGUGCUGACCGGCCACUCCCAGAAAUCACAUAGGUUGUCCCUAGAAGAGAAGCAGUUGGAGACGGAGGAUUCCUCUGCCACUUCUGAGGAAGGAGGAGGGUCUGGCCCAGAAGCUCCGCUCAGCAAGGGCCUGGCCAAGCACCUGCUCAGUGGCUUGGGUGACCGACUCUGCCGCCUGCUGCGGAAGGAGCGGGAGGCCCUUGCCUGGGCACAGCGUGAAGGCCAGGGGCCAGCCAUGACAGAAGACAACCCAGGCAUUCCACACUGCUGCAGCCGUUGCCACCACGGACUCUUCAACACCCACUGGAGAUGUUCCCACUGUAGCCACCGGCUGUGUGUGGCCUGUGGUCGCAUAGUCGGAGCUGGAAGGAACACGGAGAAAACAGGCUCCCAGGAGCAGCACACAGAUGACUGUGCCCAGGAGGCUGGGCAUGCUGCCUGUUCCCUCAUUCUGACCCAGUUUGUCUCCAGCCAGGCGCUGGCCGAACUCAGCACUGUGAUGCACCAAGUCUGGGCCAAGUUUGACAUCCGAGGGCACUGUUUCUGCCAAGUUGAUGCCCGAGUGUGGGCCCCUGGAGAUGGGGGUCAGCAGAAGGAACCAACAGUGAAAACUCCCCCGGCUCCACAACCUUCCUGCAAUGGAGAUUCCAAUCGGACCAAGGACAUCAAAGAAGAGACCCCAGACUCCACUGAGAGCCCAGCAGAGGACCGUGCUGGCCGGUCACCCCUUCCUUGUCCCUCUCUCUGUGAGCUGCUAGCCUCUACUGCUGUCAAACUCUGCCUGGGGCAUGAGCGGAUUCACAUGGCCUUUGCCCCGGUCACCCCAGCUCUGCCCAGUGAUGACCGCAUCACCAACAUCCUGGACAGCAUUAUUGCGCAGGUAGUAGAACGGAAGAUCCAAGAGAAAGCCCUGGGGCCAGGCCUUCGAGCAGGGUCAGGCUUGCGCAAGGGCCUGAGCCUUCCGCUGUCACCAGUGCGGAGCCGGCUCUCUCCUCCCGGAGCUUUGCUGUGGCUGCAGGAGCCCAGGCCUAAGCGUGGCUUUCAUCUCUUCCAGGAACACUGGCGGCAGGGCCAGCCCGUGUUAGUGUCAGGCAUCCAGAAGACAUUGAGACUCAGCCUGUGGGGAAUGGAAGCCCUUGGGACACUUGGUGGCCAGGUGCAGACACUGACUGCCCUUGGGCCUCCCCAGCCCACAAGCCUGGACAGCACAGCAUUCUGGGAAGGAUUCUCUCAUCCUGAGACGCGUCCAAAGUUAGAUGAGGGCUCUGUCCUCCUGCUACACCGAACCCUCGGGGAUAAGGACUCUAGCAGGGUACAGAACCUUGCUUCCAGCCUUCCACUCCCAGAGUACUGUGCCCACCAAGGGAAACUCAACCUAGCGUCCUACCUCCCCCUGGGCCUCACACUGCAUCCACUGGAGCCCGAGCUCUGGGCGGCCUACGGUGUGAACUCACACCGUGGACACCUGGGGACCAAGAACCUAUGUGUGGAGGUGUCUGACCUGAUCAGUAUCCUGGUGCACGCUGAGGCACAGCUGCCUCCCUGGCACCGAGCACAGAAAGAUUUCCUCUCAGGCCUGGACGGGGAGGGACUCUGGUCUCCAGGUAGUCAGACCAGCACUGUGUGGCAUGUGUUCCGGGCCCAGGAUGCCCAGCGCAUCCGUCGCUUUCUCCAGAUGGUGUGCCCAGCUGGAGCAGGAACCUUGGAGCCUGGUGCCCCGGGCAGCUGCUACUUGGAUGCAGGGUUGCGACGUCGGCUAAGGGAGGAGUGGGGUGUGAGCUGCUGGACCCUGCUGCAGGCCCCUGGAGAAGCGGUGCUGGUGCCUGCUGGGGCACCCCAUCAGGUGCAGGGCCUGGUGAGCACAAUCAGUGUCACUCAGCACUUUCUGUCUCCUGAGACCUCUGCCCUCUCUGCGCAGCUCUGCCACCAGGGAGCCAGCCUGCCCCCUGACCACCGUAUGCUUUAUGCCCAGAUGGACCGGGCUGUGUUCCAAGCAGUGAAGGCGGCUGUGGGGACAUUACAGGAAGCUAAAUAGGGGAUCCUGGUGCCUGGGGGGUGGUGGGCAGGUAACUGGGUGUCCAGUCUGCAUAAUUUCAACGAGGAAUGGUACUGGGGAAUUUAGACGGUGUGGUCCGUUCUACAAAUAUCUCUUUGGGCACAAGCAAGGAACCCUGUUCCUCGUCCUGGCCCUGGCUCUAAAGGGAACAACUGUAGUGCUUACAGCUGCUCCACCCUCCAUGGUAUGGGGUUGGUUAGUGCUAGGGGUACAUGACUCCUUCUAACCCCUGUACUGCACUCCAGGGGAUGAGCACCCUUCCUUGGGCAAGCUUGGGAUUGUUUUGGUUUAAGCAACACUUCCUCUUGCUGCUUCAUCCUGUGAUGCCCCUGGCACCCUACCCCCAGCCCAGCUAUGCUACAGCUCACCAACAUCCAAAGCCCUUCUGACUCUGUAGGUCUGCCUGACCUGGGAGACACAGAAUUCUUCCCUUACAGAAGAGCUGGGGAGAUGGGGAAGAGAGGGCCUCAGUUAAUGGGCCGGGCUGGCUGGAGGGAACAACACAGGCAGAACCACUGGGCCCUGCUUCUGCCCCUCUCUUUUCUCUCCUUCCUGGUCUCUAUUAAAAUCGGUUGUCUGGUGACCGCUGCCAGCAUAGUUGGCCUUGCUCUGCCAGCCACGUGGGCUAGGGAAAGAAGGCAAACAUGGAAAUCUGAUCUGGAGCAGAAGCCAGUGGACAGGGUGAACAGGGACUGGGGACAUGGUGACAGAGACCUCAAAUACCACUGCCGGAUCUUUGGGAGGCCUGGACCCCCUGGAGCUUUCUGGGCACUGAAGAUAUUCUUGACUGACAGCGGGAAGGCAGAGUUCUAAGGUGCAGCACUCAGAUGGCCUUCCUGAGUGGCAUCAACCUGUGGAGAUUACAGAACUCCCUGCCUCUGUCCCACCUACCUGUGUGCUCUGACCUGGAGGAACAUCCAGGAGAGCCCUGGCUCAACCCAACUCCUCUUGGUGUCCAAGCCCCAGGACAGAGCUCCACUGCCUCAGACAGCUGACCCUUACCCUCAUGGUGCCAACGGCUGACCCCUGACCCCACGGCCCUUCUGCUUCGCUAUCCUACCUCUUCCCCUGUGUAUCUCAACCGCACAUGUGCGCCAGCUCUUGUUAUAACAGUUCCUGCUGUGGUUUGGGGAUUUUUUUUUAAUUAAAUAAAAGUUUUUAUUAUAAAUAGAA